AUGCUGCUGGCGCCCGGGACAGAGCAGCGCUCGGUUCUGAGCUGCUCUCUGGCGCGGUCCGCGGAGCCGAGCUCUGCCCUCCGGCCCGGCCUGGCCGCUCUUCUCCCUUCAUCUUCCCUCCCGCACGUCUCCCGGGCCCCCGCGGUGCCGGGGGCUGUCGCACUCACUCGACAGCACUCGCUGGGCCCGGAGGACGGGGCUAGGAGAUUGGCUGACGUAUUUGUUGUCCUUCGUAUUGUUAGUUUUUGUAAAAGAUGUAAUUAUAGGGUAGACAGAACUACAGGAGUGAAAGCAGGAAGCAGUUGUCACAACUCACCUGUCAAACUCAAUUUACUAGGUUUUAAACUCUGUUGUUUGGAAGGUAACAUCCAGGUGCAGAUUAUGGCUCAUCGACUUUCAAAAGAAGAAUUAGAUGAGCAGUUUGAAGAGUUUCUGAAAGAGUCUCUUUCAGAUGAUUCACUUGGAAAUUCAAAGAAAAAAUCCAGCAUUCUUGAGACAUUGGGACAGCCCAGGAAAAAAGAAACAAAGAAAAAGGAUUCGGUGCUGUGGUGGCUAUCUGAAGAAGAUUCGGACAAUGGUGGAAUGCUUGGAGCCAGUAGAAACUUUGUCAAAAUACAGAACACUUCACAGACUAAGGGAGAGAGUUAUGAGAAUACGCAUAUGAAAAAGAUGCAGCUUCAGAAAAGUAAUGGGGUUGCUGUCUCCUUAAGCAGAGUCAGCCUGGAUGAAAAUGAUUCAGUUAUAGCUUCUGAGCCUAAUCAAAGUAUCAUGGGAACUGGAUUGGAUACCUUGGAAGAACAAGAAGAAAAAGAGAUGUUCUUUGCCAAACUUGAACGAGAAGCUUCCUCUACUGUUGAUUAUUCAAGAUUAAAUAAAGAGCUGGAUUCCAAUGAUUCUGUCAUACUAGAACCAUUUGUACGAAAUGAAAAAACUGAAAAAGAAGAGGAAGCCGCACAUGAAGAGAAAUCUGGCAGCUACAGUGAAGAUUUUGAAGAAGAAACAGAUUCUGAUCCUGCCUUUAAAACUGAAGGAAGUCAGGUGAAUCAAAACAUCAUUUCAGGAAUUGAUUUAAGUCCUCAAGAACAGGAAGAAGUAAAUGCUGGCAUGCUGGCUAAAGUUGUAUUACUUGAUUCACAAGAUUCAACUACAGAACUUCAGAAAGCUGUUGAAACAUCAGAUAGAGCUCUAGGUGAACAUUAUCUGCCUGAAGAAGUCAGUGGAAUUGAAAUGAAUGAAGCAGGCACUUCCUAUGGACAAACCACCAGUGACAUGGAAGCGUUACACCAAGCGUACCGUGAUAUUGAUCAGUCUUUGGGAGAUGCUGAUGAGCAAAAGCUGCACGAUCCUGCAGUGGCAGUCUCGGAAUGCAUAGUGCAAGGUGUUUCACAAAAUAAUGAUGUCUAUUCAAAAGGCGUGUCAACUAUUGAAUCAGAUUUGCCUACUGUGGAAGAAUUGAUGAAACCAAUUAAAGGACAUUCAUGUAAUGUCAGAAAUUUUGAUCUGGAGCAUGAAAGUCCUGUGAAGCUGGUAGGCAGCACAGCAAAUGACCACAGCACCUGUUCACCCGUUAAAGAGCACCAGAUUAAUAUUAUUUGCAAGACAAAGUUAUUUGAAAAAAUUAACAGAGAAGAGAGCAACUUUGUGCAAACAGGUGUGAAUGACAGUAACCUUCAGAGGGUGACUGAGAAAGAAAUUCAGACCAGUGAAGUACAGCCUGAUAUACUAGGAGAAGAAAUAGUACAAGACACUCUGCUUUCACAAGGCAGCAAAACUAAACAAACUCUUCGGUCUUGUUCCUUGAAGAAUGAAAGAUCAGAAUCAAUGACAACUAAACCAACGUUAUAUAAGAAUAUCAGAAGUCCAGCACCUAUACAUAAAAAGAAAUCCUCAUAUGGUCCUCAUGGGGUGGUUAGAAGUUCUGGGUAUGGGAAACCCAAUUCACUGUCAAAACAGUCUUUUCCAGUAAAUGAAAAGAAAACACCGAAAGAAACUUUCAAAAAGACCAACGUGAAAGCCAAAAGCCCUGCAGAUAAAUCAAGAUCUAAAGAAGCUUUAUUCGCUACUAGGAUAAUAAGAUCUGCAACAAAUGAACGAACUUUGAAGGGAAGUGUUAACACAGCUAUGUCAGGCCAAUCAGUUGUUAAUAAUCUGGGACAGCAGGCCGUGGAUUAUUGUAGGCAAUAUCAGCAUGAUUUAUCGUUUUCUCCUAUCAAGAGUCGUGAUAGAGAACUGUAUUUGCUAAAACGAGUACAGGUUGCGGAGGAGGAGCUGAACACAGCUCGUGAUUUGGUUCAACAGCUAACCAGCACGGUUUCACAAAAAGAGAAAGAAAUAGAGACAAAGAUAGUAGAGUUGAAAAUACAGCAUGAAAAAGAGCUUUCUCGGCUGGGUCAGGAAAACUAUGUUCUUCAGAGUAAGUUAAGAAGCAUGGAAGAGCUGACUCAAGAAAAGAGAUGGACCUAUCAUACAGCAACGGUUCCUGUCACUGAAGAAAAACUGGCACAAAUACAAAAGGAAAUUGCAGAUCAAGAGGUCAUUAUUCAAGGUUAUCAACAGGAAAACGAGAAGUUAUACAAACAAAUGAAAGAGCUACAAAUCCAAAACAAAAAAAAUGAGGAACAAAUGUUUAAGGAGAAUCAGUGUGUAAUGUCUGAAUUAAUAGCUUUAAGAGAAAAGGUAGAGAAGACUAAUAUCCACUCACAAAUCGUGCGGGAUUCUGAACCAGCUAGAAAUCAGAGCUUCACAGAAUUGAUUUCAGAGCUUCGAGCAGCACAG